AUGGUGGGAGACUCGUACGCCGCCGAUGUGGCCGGCGGCAUCAACGCCAGCUUGCUUGCCACAGUCUGGGGGUCGCUGAUGCACGGCCACCUCUCCGCCGUGCCGGCCGGCCAGCCGAGCCCGACUUUCACGGUGGAGAGCGUGCUGGAGGUGGAGGCUUGUCUGGAGAAGAUUGGCUGA